UCCUCUUCCUGAGCCCGUAUCCUGGGGAUAAUACGGUGGGCCGGAGAAGGAGCCCGAUUUCAAACACGUCGGAGUGGCCUUCCUUGGAAGCCACUGCCUAAGGCUGAACCAGGCUCUGCGUGGCCUCCGGUGCGCGGUCCCAUGAGGGGGAGCAAUCCUUUAAGCAAGCGGGGCUGCAGCUAACCCUUGAUAGAAAACCAGGCGGCCGGGAGCCAUGUUGCUCGCCACAGCUUUGCCCUUUUCCAAGAGGAGCCCAGAGGACGACCGGCCUUUUUCUACAAAUACCAAAGCCAUGGCUCAGGAGUCAGUGAUGUUCAGUGAUGUGUCCAUAGACUUCUCUCAGGAGGAGUGGGAAUGCCUGAAUGAUGAUCAGAGAGAUUUAUACAGAGAUGUGAUGUUGGAGAAUUACAGCCACCUGGUUUCAAUGGCAGGACAUUCUGUUUCUAAACCAGAUGUGAUCUCCUUCUUGGAGCAGGGGAAGGAGCCCUGGUUGGUUGACAGAGAGCUAACAAGAGACCAGUGGCCAGUCCUGGAAUCAAGAUGUGAGACCAAGAAAUUAUUUCUGAAGAAGGAAAUUUAUGAAAUAGAGUCAGCGCAGUGGGAAAUAAUGGAAAGACUUACAAGACAUGACCUUCAGUGCUCUAGUUUCAGAGAUGAUUGGGAAUGUAAUGGCCAGUUUGAGAAACAACAUGGCUCUCAGGAGGGACACUUCAGUCAACUGAUACUCACCCAUGAAGGAAUGCCCACUUUCAGUCAGCAUCCAUCCUUUACAUUACAGCAAAUCAUUAAUAAUAAAGAGAAAUAUUGUGCAACUAAGGAAUAUAGGAAAACCUUUAGACAUGACUCACAACUUAGUACACAUCAGAUCAUUCAUACCAUUGAGAAACCCUAUGAAUGCAAGGAAUGUGGAAAGGCCUUUAGACAUCCCUCAAGACUCAGUCAUCAUCAGAAAAUUCAUACUGGCAAGAAACCCUUUGAAUGUAAGGAAUGUGGGAAAACAUUUAUUUGUGGUUCAGACCUUACUCGACAUCACAGAAUUCACACUGGUGAGAAACCGUAUGAAUGCAAGGAAUGUGGAAAGGCCUUUAGUAGUGGCUCAAACUUCACUCGACAUCAGAGAAUUCACACUGGUGAAAAGCCCUAUGAAUGUAAAGAAUGUGGGAAGGCUUUUAGUAGUGGCUCAAACUUUACUCAACAUCAGAGAAUUCAUACAGGGGAGAAACCCUAUGAAUGUAAGGAAUGUGGCAAUGCCUUUAGUCAGAGCUCACAACUUAUUAAACAUCAGAGAAUUCAUACAGGUGAGAAACCCUAUGAAUGUAAGGAAUGUGAAAAGGCUUUUCGUUCUGGUUCAGACCUUACUCGACAUCAGAGAAUUCAUACUGGUGAGAAGCCCUAUGAAUGUAAGAUAUGUGGGAAAGCCUAUUCUCAGAGUUCACAACUUAUUAGUCAUCAUAGAAUUCAUAGUGGUGAGAAACCAUAUGAAUAUAGGGAAUGUGGAAAGACCUUUAAUUAUGGCUCACAACUUAUUCAACAUCAAAAUUUGUACUGGUGAUAAACCAUAGAAUGUAUGAAAUCUGUAGGAAGGCUUUUAAUUACAGCUCAAAACUAUUCAAUAUUAGAGAACUUACCUUGAUAAUAAUCCCUUUAAAUAGGACAAUGUAGAAACAUCUUAAUUUGUUGACUCUAGCUUAUUCAACCUGAGAAAAAUCAUGUAGGAGAAACAUCCUAUGAGUAGAAUAUAUUUUGGAAGCCCUUUGAUAAAAGCAUAUAUUUCUUUUGACAUUAGAUAAUUCAAGCUAGCAAAUACUGAAAGUUAUAGCACUUUUGACACCUUUUUAACCUUAUUUUAAGCCUCAGAAUUCAUGUUAAAUAUAAUCCUAAUUUUCAUUUUCCCCUAAUUUGUCUAUAGUUGCUAUGUUCUUAAUAUUUUAACCCAUCUUAAAUUAUGUGACUGUGAAGUUCAGUUUCUUUACAUCACAGUUUGUAAGACACCUUUAAGACCUGAAAGAAGUGAUCUCUUUAUUCUAAGAUGGCUUAUUCUUUUUGUUAUUUACAAAACUUAGGCUUUCUUCUUGUAAAACAUCGAUGAACAACUUUCAACAGAGUAAGGAGAGAUCUUUUCAUAGCUUCCUAGUGUUUCCUUAUGUUGCUGUGAUACCAUUUUAUCAAAUUCCUAUUGAUAGACAUUGUAGUUUCCCAGCUAUUUUGCCAUUAUUCAUGGUGUCUUGAUGGAAAUCCCCCCUAGGCAUAUCUUUGUAUCAUGUAUUUUAAUUGCAGAAAUAAUGCAUAAACAUUUUCCUUUUAAAAGAUUUAAAAAUUGCAAAUAAGGCAAACAUACCCAUGGACUACCAUCCUUGUACCCUUUCCCCAUUCUGAAGGAUAGUCAUUAUGUGUUUGGUAUUUAUCCUUCCUGAGCAUUUUUCUGUUUUUAUACAUAUUUGUCUCAAUAGAAAUUAUAAAAUGGGAAUAAUUACACCUACCUCAAAAUUUUGUGUGAGGAUCAAAUAAAGACACAUAAAG